UGUUCAGACGUUCACAUUUAUACGGACGGUGUCUGUCAUACCAUGAAUCAAUGUCCUUGGAGCUGCUACCUCAUGCAAUGCACACACGCAGACAGGCACCGCAUCAACAACAAACACCAUCACGCAUCACAUCACACAGUCAGCCGGCCGGCCGGCCGGCCAGUCAGUUAAACUGACUAUGUAUAUAUUCACAGAGGCACCCCGAAGCACACAGGCGCGCUUCCCACCAGGUAUCUGAACCGGCAGGCCCGCCUGGCCAGCGCCACCGCCUCAACGAGGCCCUCGUCGUUGGCCUCCUGCAGCAGCCUCGUCGUGAACCGGUCCAAAUCUACGUCCGUCACGUCAAACAAAGUGCCCAAAGCUAACGGGCUGCAGCGCACACAGAGAAGCGAAGAAAAUCCAUGUGUGAAGGACGACAUGUGGAGUGGGAUGUGUACCUGCCGCCGAUGAGGUAGUUGAGUGGCGUGCUGAAGGGCUCGAAAUGCGGCACUCUACGGACAAGGCGGGCAGAGCUGCAGCCCAGCAGCAGGGCCGCUGCGGCACGGCACCCCCGCGACGCGCUGCUGUUGCCCCCAGUGGCCGCAUUCCCAUCCCGAGAGUCCUCUUGUGCGAGUCCUGGGCGUGUGUCGCCCACCCAGCCCUUCUGCACCAGCUCGCCCGGCAGAUACGCCUCGCCCCCCUGGUGACCUGCGGGACAAGACGGCAGACAAAUUGGUGUGUGGGGUGUUUCGUGGUGGGAUCUGGUGUCGUGCGUCUCGGUCACCGCAGUAGAGGUAGAGGUCUCGCAGGGCGAGCUGACGAAUGAUCUCCGUCCCUGACACAACACACAUACCGACACACCACCCGUGCCAUUCACCGUGCGGCCCGACCUCCCCUUGUCCCUCACUUUCGGGCACGACGCCGAUGACGCCCGUCCAGUUGGGCUGCCGCACCAGCAACGGCUUGAUGGCCGCCUCAGUACAACUCAAAUCACCACUCGGGUUCAAUACGAAAUACCCCGCUGACUGCGACGGCCGGAUCUGCAGGUGCUGCUGAGGAGAGGACACAGUGCUGACCACCGCCGGAUCCCUCUCCAACGUGUCGGCAGGCGACGCCAGAGGCUGCAUAUCACUCAGCGUGGCCAGCAUGGCUGCCGAUGCCACCCCACGAGACACCGCCUGGCCGUCGAGACACGGCAGAGACUCGAAGGGGAAGUCUGCCAGCGAUGCGGAGGGGAAGAGGACCACUGGGCCUCGACGCGAGAGUGCCCCAGACUGGUCGCUGCUGACUGCACUGACGAAGGACUGGGCGGCGUCCUUCCAUGAUGCAGCGGGGAGGGGGCCGCUGGCCGCUCGCAGUGGCAUGACGCUCUCGCAGAUGAGCCGGAUGCUGUCACCGAUGGAGUCGGUCACCUCUUCCUCGGCUGCCCCCGACGACGCCAGCUGCGGCAGGCUCAAUGCAAGCAGCGUGAGACAGCACAUGCCCGCCAGCACCGGCCGCACCGUAUCUGGGGAGCUGCGGUGGUCCUUGACGACAGCAAGGAGGGCAUGCAGGCCGGUGAAGCAGGAGGGGCCGCCGUCGAUCCAACCGAGCACCUUCCUCGCCGCCUCUCGCCAAGCCUCCCAAUCGCCCGCAGGUGCAGCUAGUGGGGCGAAUGAGGGCGGCCGGCCAGCAGGUGCUGCUGCUGGUGCCCUCUUGAGCGGAGGUUUGUGGGCGGUCUUCUUGGGGGCUGGUGACGGCGGUGAUGGGACGCCCGUGAAGAGGAAUGAGGCCCCACGGAGAAGGCUGUGUUCGAAGUCCCGGAACAAGGUGCCGAGCUGCUCGUCAAGUGCCAUUCUGCAGGCCGCAAGUAAGACAGACGCAAGACAGACGCUGCUCGCCUCACUUUGCAAGUGCGUCCUCUUCUCUCUCCGGCUCACCGUUCGUGUCGCCACUGUUUGCUGAGUUCGGGGUCCUUGGCCCUGUCCUGGUGGUGUUUGUGGAUCUCUAGCGUCCGCUGCAAACCCGCGCUGUUGUCCUCCUACAAAUGACAUAAAUGAAGACAUGCCAUACCAUGCCUCGCGGACCCGCCGUUUCUCACCCUCCCUCCCUGAGUCUUUCCCACCUGUAUCUUCCGAUAUCUCUGCAAGCAGCUGUCCAGGACCCCUGGCUCGCUCCCCUGCACCUUGACGCACACGAACGCCCCCUCAAUAUUCGCCUUGCUGCCGGCAUCUUUGCCCUCGUCCGGUGCAGCACUGCGCGACCGAGCAGCAGCCGGACUCGGCCGCUUCGCCCUCGGCGCAGCAGCUGGUGGCUUGGCGUUUGGCCCCUUCCUCUGGCAGUCCUCCCGGCUCACGCCAGCCUUGCGUUGAGGUACACGAGGCUGUGAUGCGUCCUGCACCACCUCCAGCACCGUCUGCAUCAGGACGGCGGGGAAGUAGCGGCCGACAGUGAGAGCCGACUGCCCCUGCGAUGAGAGGGCAACGAAGACAGCACUCCACUUGACGGGCAAGAGGCUAAGAGGACUCGUGGCGUGCCGGUGUUCCUGUGACGGCUGGAGGGCGACCUGUGCGGCGAGCAGACGGGGCGGGUCCUUGUCGAGCGGCCUGCUCUGCCGCUGCGUGCGGCGGAACUCUCGAAAUGCCGACACCAUGAACCCACUGACGGCGGGGAACAGGCUUUGCACCAGCGACUGCACGCGCCACUGCAACUCGCACAGCCGGGAGGCCUCCUCUCGCGACGUUGGUGUCUCCUGCUGCAGGGUCUCGGUCUCCGUAGGCCUCUUCCUCUCAGGUGUGGCUGUCCGCGACACACUCCGCCCCCUGCCCCUGCCCCGACCCCGUCCACCGCGGCCCCCUCUGGCCUUGGCCUUCGCUUUGCCCUUCGGCUGUGCCUUGGGUGGCUCUCGUGGCGCGGCAACCUCAUUGCUUGACAGCGAAAGGGCCUCCACGGCCAUGUCCCUCCCCACCAUGAGGGCUUCGAUGAGGAACAGCGCCGCGUCGCGAAUGGCAGGUCCCAGACACAGCAGUCGGGCCAACCGCAGGCUGAGGGCAGCCAACGCGACGCUGCAAUGCCAGCUGGCGGACUGCCCCUUCUCCGUUCCUGUCAGUGACUCAAGCACCGAGUUGAGGGCCGCCGUGUCGACCUCCCAUCGGCAGCCUGCUGUGGUGCUCUCGUUCGGCGUCAAGAGACGGUGGGCCAGCUGAAGAGUCAUGAUGCACCCCUCGAGCGACCCUCCAUUCUUCUCAUCGGCACUCAGCAACCUGGACGCCACCUCCAGGCAAAGUCGGGCCAGGCUGGGUGUGGUAGGGUGGAGCUGCUGCAGGCGCGUCCUCAGGGCACUGACCGUGGCACCAAUAAGGCCGUCAGACAUGUUGGUGGCGCUCACCGCGCCGUCCCCGGGCCACCAGACUUGCGGACAGGCGCUUGUGUCGCCGACAGACGCACUGUGGUCGUCCAUGAGCAGGCUCCCAUCCUUGUCGCGCCGCCAGGCCAGCAGGCCCAUGACCUUGGCGGGCUCGAGUCUGGAACAUGCCGGUCGUUCGCCGCUAUUGUCGUCCUCAUCAGGUGAGUCAUGCUCCUCUUGACACGACAGUGGCUCAUCGUCAGCUGCGGCCUCUGCUUGGCCUCCUCUCGGGUCGGUCGCCACAGGGUCCACUCCCCAGGCGAUGGGGCUGGCCAGGGGGGAUGGGAACAGCGGCUGCUCCAGGUUGACUAGGGCCAGCGCGAAGUGCGCCGCCCAGUUGGUCAGCACGCUCUCGCUCGAGCACAUGGUCAGGCCAUUGGUGUAGAAGUACUUGGCGUAUGAAGACAUCUCGGCUUUCUCCGACAGCUGGCCGAGGAGCAGGAAGACGCGCAGGACGGCCGCCCAGCUCUGCCACCGGUCGAAUUUGAGGCGGAUGGCGGAGAUGGGCUCUUGGUCGGGUGGACUGGCGACUUUGGCGCGUCUCAUGGUGGUGAGGCCGAAGCCGGUGACGAAUGAGGCCGCGGUGAAUGCGUGGGCCAUUGCGGCGCCUAGAGACCCCUGAACAUACAUGCGAUGCCUGCAGACAGAGAGACCAAAGAGGAGAUUCAUGAAUGAUCGACGGAAAGUGUCACGGUCAGCUCGUUGUGUCACAGCCUGUGUGUUUGGUACCUGGCGAGUUGUGUGGAAAUGGUGACGUAGUGGAUGCAUUCCUGCUUCGUCAGUCCGCCUCCCUUCGGCUGCGCGUCGACAGGGCGUAGCGUGGCGCCGCUGUUGACUGGACGGGGCGGGGCUGGGGACCUCGGACCCCCAUCAGGUGCGACAACGGCCGCCUCGCCAUACAGUUGCAACACCUACGUCAAGAGCGAAAGGCGGCCAUCAGGCAUGGAACACAUAUACCCUUGUCCUUCCUUGGCUGACCUCGUUGGCACGUGUCCAGUGGCCCAGUGCCUGCAUGGCUUCGAUAGCCGCGGCUCUCAGCCGCCCUCUGCCCUCGUCCACUAUCGCUCCCUCCUCCAGCCGCACGCGCAGCGCUUCAGCCGCCUCAAGCCACUCCCACGCUCGACACAUAGCCUCUCUACCGCCACCAGCACAGUCAUGAGCCAGCGCAAUGCUAAGGCGAUAGAGCACCACAGCACAACCCCUCUGUCGAUGAGGGUCAGUCGAUAGAUUGUCAUCGUCCGAGGGAUCGGCCCAUGAUAGUGCAAGAAGACGGGCUGCCAGCUGGAGGGUGGCGAUCGUCAAGUGGCUCCAUGUUGAGGCGGGCGACGGGGUGACGUCUGGCGAUGUGUGGAGUAGGGGAGGGGUCGACAGCAGCUCAAGGAAGGAGGCCAGCUCCAGGGAGGCCCUGAACCCAGCCAGACAGGGGAGCAAAUGAGUGAAAACGACGAACUAUAUGCGUGUGGCGUCCUGAUAGUCUCACCUGAGCAGCUGCUCGUUGUGCCUCUCUGACGUCUUGUCACAAUCCACCCCGUCUCGACAGCUGGCCACCGUCAUGGCCCCCACGUCCGCUACAUCCACCCCCGCAGCUGCAUGCAGGGCCUCCACUGCCGCCUGCAGUGUCUUGAGCGCCUCUGCACUGGCCUUGGUGCACUGCUCCCACCCACAGCCACCCUUCGCUGUCCCCUUCUUGGCUCCCCUGCCUCUCUUCGCCUUGGCAGCACCGGCAGUGGGCAGAGCUUUGGGGGGUGUUGACGGAUCGAGACAGAGCUGCGCGUAAUGGAAGAGACACUGGGCAAGGCAGAGCUGCAGCGGCCUCAACACAUCGGUAGCCGGCGGCCGCGCUGCUCCUCCCCUGCCCUUCCCAGAGGCACCGCGCACUGGUGUGUCGAUCACGGCCUGCAGACGGCUCUUGGUGGCAUCAAGGGCUCUCAGUCCCGCAUGGGCACACUCAGAGGAUGGACAUGCCCGCACCAGCCAUGCCGCCAGGCGCGUCUGGUUGUGCAUUGCGCCAGCGAGGUUCUCUGAUGCUUCCAUCGACACCGUCUCCUUCAUGCAUCUCUCCAGAUGGUCGAGCAGGGCCUUGUGCAUUGUAAGGAGGAAGGGCAGCAGCCGCGGCAUGGCCCUCUUGCCGACGUCGCUCAUGGUGGCAUGCUCCGCGCAGUAGUGCGUCCACAGCUGCAGCUCCUUGCCGAGCCAGUUGGCCGCGGCAACAGAGGCUCCCUCACUGGGUUGCCGCACAGCGUCGAGAAGAGGGCACUGGCAGAUGUCGGCGAGGUCGCUGUCGUCCCCCUUCGCCUUCUCGUCGAUGAGCCUCAGCCGGGCCUUGACGCCAAACGCGUGGAUCCAGCUGAUGUCCUUCUUGAUCUGUCCCUCGUGUGUCUCGUCAGCCAGGGCAUGGGCGAGGAAGGACGUCGACUGGCCGAGCAGGGCGUGGAUGCCGCCCCACUGCUGCCGGUCGUAGGACUCCUCAACCAGCGUCUGGAGGGUCUGCACGAAGAACUCCGUCGCCUCCCUGCUAGCCAGUGGGGGCGUGUGGUCGUUUGACGGUGAGGGGAGGCAGAGUGAGGCGAGCAGGUCGUACGCCAGCCGGAAGCAGGCGAUGUGUGCGUCUGACUGGCCGCUGGAGGCCUUGCCCCUGAGAGUGAAGCCCAAACGGCGCACACUGACGACAAAAACGACAGCAUGAGAAAGACAUCCAUCUCUUGGCUCAUCAGACUCUCCUUGCUGGUGGGUGCAUGUUUGUCUAGUUGUCUUACGAGUCAGCAGGUGCGAGGAGGCUGGCUGCGUCGGCAGGGGUGGGGGAUUUGCCCUCCCGCUGCAUGAACAGCCGCACUGUCUUCUCCAGCAGCGCCUGCAGCUGGAUAGACAGACAGGCAGACAGACAGACAUUUGCACACGAUUCUCAGCCCGAAGGCGUAUGUGCGUCUACGUAGCCGUGGGCCCUACCUGUGCCGAUCGCUGUGGAUUGCGGACAUUGGCGACGAGGCGCACGAGAACGUCUACCUCUGUCUGUAUAAAGACAGACAGACAGCAAGGGGCAAAAGGGUAACCAUAAGAAGUAGAUCUACGAGAUCUUCUGCUCGUGAUUGCCAGUGUUCCUAGGUACCCGGAGGAUCUGUGCGGCCAGCGUGCCGUCGCCUCCCUCCUUCCCCCGCAGCCGCCCCACCGCAUGCCUCAACACGGCGGAGGCCUCACUCAUGGCCACACCGACUCGCACCACCCGCCCGUCCGUGUCGGCCCCCUCCCGCCUCUCCGCUCCCUGCGGCCUGGGUGUGAUGGCCCCGAAGCCAGGAGUGCCCUUGCUCCUCUGAGUGGGUGGUGGUGGCGUGGCAUUGCGGCUUGCCCCCUGUGACGGCUUGUUGAGGGCCGCGGUGAAGCUCUUGCCGACGAAUCGGAGGGUGGUGAAGAGCUGGGUGUGGAUCUCUGAGAGGGCUGAUGUGGUGAUGUGGGGGGAUCGGUGGAUGGUGUCGAGCAGUCGGGGGAUGGCGGACAGGGCCGUGUGGAGGGAGGCGAAGAGAGCGUCGUCGUGCCACAUGCGGCAGAGCACAUCCUCUACGCGACAAAUAUACAAGAGAAACGUACAGAUAGUUCACUGCCUGCAGUGCCUGCCCUCGUGAUGGGGUGGAUGUGUGUACCAGUGUAUGUGUGGAGCUCUCGCAUCCUGAACCGGAGUAUGGACAGGGCCAAAUCGGCACUCUCUUCAACGUCGCCGACAGACCCCACAUCCGAGCACUGCCGACACUCAGCUACCAAAUCGCCAAACGCACCUGAACACGCGCACAAAACCAUACCUCGCUGCUCCGAAGCCUCAGUGGGCCGCUCGCUGUUGCCGCUCUGCAUACCUGCGGCCGCACACACCCGUCUGAGUGCGUCUACAAUCCGCCCCAUUGCGGCACUCUGCACGGGGGCCUGCUGAGGCGUCGAUGGCCCCUUGGUGGGCGUGACGGGACGGUCGGCCAGCUUGCGCUUGUACUCGGACACGAAGCCGCAGAACGUCUCGUAGAGGUACAUGAGGGCUGCCGUGGGGGCACGGUGGGUGAGAAGAGACGCGAGAGGGUGGCGGGCGGAGGGCACAAGGGUGGGGCACAGCAGUGAUGUUGCCUCUUCGACGAUGGACAGCUUCAGCUCGCGAGACAUGCCUGUAGGUGGGGAAGCACAGGGGCCCCAUAGUCAUCGCACACAGCUCGCGAUCCAUCCUUGUCUUUUGGUGCCUACCCGUCCAGUAGAUCGCCUGAACGAUCUGCUUGGCGCUGGCGUGGAAGCGCUGCCUCCGCUCAUCUCCCGCGUCAGAUUCCCUCCCGCCGUAGAAGGCGAGGAAGACCCCCAAACACGCACAGCGCCACACGCACCCCAAAGCGACGGCCCACUUGUCACCUUCCCCCUCGCCCACAGCUAGGUCCGAUGCUGCGGUCGCCGCCUUGAUCAGCGGCGCCAUGAGGUGCUUCUCGAUGGUGAAGUUGACGCUGUCGGUGUUGGUCUUGGUAGGUCGGUGGUCUUGCAGGGUCUCCAUGGCGACCAUGAGGGGCAAGAUGCGCUUGACAGAUACCAUGGCGAAUGUCUGCAUAAAACACAGAGAGGGGAAAGGGCAUCACGUCAAAGAGCAUCUUUGUCCAAUGGUCCAUGGGAGUGCCCUGCCCUUUAUGUGGACCCACCUGGAGCUCUCGCAUCCUCUUCCGAGCGAUGACCAUGUGUGCCAGCACCUUGCACCCGUCCAUCAGGACGCCACACAGCCGAUAUGCAUCCUCGGCGCCGCCGCCACCACCUCCCGCAUCAUCAUAGCUCGACGCACCCUUCCUCCUCUUCAUGUUUCCCUCUCCCCCACGCAAUCCGAUAGUCAGCAGCUUUUCCGCCACAUCAGGAGGGCACGGCAGUUCACACAGCUCGCCCGCCGUGCCACUGCUGCUCACAUCGUCUUCUGUGUCAGGGUCUCCCCAAUGUGGCGUGGAUGGCCUCUGCCGAACGGCACGGCCGGCUGUCGACUCCACACAUGUGGCGGUGCAGCCGUCCAUAGUGAGAGGGAACAGUUCUGCAGGCGGCUCGACACGGGGGACUGGGCAAGGAGGGGCAGCCGAUGGCUCUCGCAGCUGUGCGAUAUGCCGCUCCAGGUACUGGAAGAAUGACACUAGCUCCGGUGCAGCGCCGCUCUGAUGGGAGAGAACACACAGUGAGGCAUCAUUCAUGGACUUGGUGACAUCACAGGCUGCUCACCGCCUUCACGUCUGCGAGGGCGAAACACACACGCACCCACAGCUGCGCCAAGUCGACUGGGGAGAGCACCGGAGCGGGCGCAGCCUUCUUGCCCUGCCGAGCAGCCGAUGCCUGCAUGGAGGACUGGGUCUCCUUGAGCGUGGUGAGGCAUUGCUGAGCUAUGGAUGCGUAGAUGGGCUUCUCAGUGGCCGGGGCGCUGGACGCCCGCCGCAGCGUCUGCGAGGCGAUCUCGAGGAUGGCACCGUGGAAGGAGUCGUCACAGGGCCUGCACACCACACAUGGAUACCAGGCAGAUGAGAUCACGUGUGGGUCCCGCCCUGACCUUUUGGAUGGAUGGCGCGAGAUGAUCUCAGUGACCUUUUGCUCGGCCUCUGCCGGAUCUCUGUCCAGCAAGGCAACGACGUCCCGUACCGACGUGGUCAU